AUGAAGACCUUCACGUCCCUCGCCUCCCUCGCGGUGCUCGUGGCCCAAGCCACCGCCCAUUACACAUUCCCGUCUCUCGUUGUGGGCGGUACGACCACUCCAGCGUGGGUGAACGUCCGCAAGACCAACAAUUUCAAUACCCAGGCCCCUGUCACCGAUGUCACCAGCCCCGACUUCCGGUGCUACGACUCCCAGACAGACCCGACGGCGUCGACGAUCACCGUCGCAGCCGGCGCGCAGCUGGGCAUCAUGUCCGACGGCACGAUCUAUCACCCCGGCGUCGUCAACGUGUACAUGGCGAAGGCGCCCGACGGCGACGCCGCGACGUUCGACGGGUCUGGCACCGUCUGGUUCAAGGUCUACCAGAUCUCCGCCGUCACCGACGGCGGGACGUCCAUCAGCUGGCCCGCGCAGAACCUGGCGGGCGUCACGUUCACGCUGCCGAAGAACCUGCCGACGGGCCAGUACCUCGUCCGCAUGGAGGCCAUCGCGCUGCACGUCGCGUCGACCUACGGCGGCGCGCAGUUCUACCUCUCGUGCGGUCAGAUCAACGUCACGGGCGGGGGCAGUGGCAGUCCCGGCCCCGUCGUCGCCAUUCCUGGCGUGUACACCGGCUACGAGCCGGGCAUCCUCAUCAACAUCAACUACCCCAUCCCUGCCAACUACACGCAGCCGGGCCCCGCUGUCUGGACCGGAUGA